AUGAUGGAAUUAACUAAUUUUGGUGGAAAUACAAUUAGAAACGGUAAUGAAGCUCCGUUUGAAGUUCAUGUUCUGGUUGUUGAUGGCGAUGCUGCUUCGCUUGAGAUUACGUUGGGAUUACUUGCUUCCUUGAAAUAUAAAGCUGAAGGAACAAAGCAUCCAUUGAUUGCGUUGGAAAGAGUAAGAAAGAAAGAAGGGUACUUCGACCUAGUAGUGAUAGAGCCUCUUUUGCCAGAUAUUGAUGUAUUCCAAUUCAAGCACAAACUUGAUCAGCAUUUCUCCAUACCAUUAAUAAUGAUUUCGAUAGACAAAGAUGAGAGAAUGAUGGAGAAAGCCUUGAAGAGUGGUGUGGCACGUUACAUAGUGAAACCAGCAACAGAAAGUGACUUCAAAGAAGGCGGUGGUGAUAACAAUAAUGGGUCGUCGUCGUCUUCGUCGUCCAGGGUUACCAAGAAGAGCAAAGUUGUGUGGACCAGUGAUCUUCAAAAUCGUUUCUUACAAGCCAUAAAUAUCAUUGGAUUAGAAAACGCAGUUCCAAAAAAGAUUCUUGAAGUCAUGAAAACACCCGGACUCACCAGGGAAAAUGUGGCAAGUCACUUGCAGAAAUAUCGGCUUUUUCUAAAGAGAGUUGCUCGAAUGUUUGCGAUGGUAAUCAACAAUGAGAUAGACAACAAGGAUGUCUUAACAAGUUUGGCAUCAAAGUACCCUGACUCACUGAUGUUAAAGAACAUCGAAGAGGAAUUCAGAAGAAUGUUACAGUCCAGAAAACUCAGAACUUCUUCUUCAUAUCCUUAUUAUUCAUCCUACAAGAACCCUGAUAAUUCUUCAUCCUUAUUCAAGCCUCCCAAGUUUCAGUAUCAUCCUCAUAAUUCUAGUAAUUUCUCCACCCAAAUGAUGAUGAACCCUAAUUAUGGACUAUUACAUGGUCAAGUUCCUGCAAGUACUUCAAGUAAUUACACCACUAAUAAUGCUGGAUUAUUAGGGUUAGGGUUUCCUCGGACUUCAUCGAGCACUACUUAUUAUGAGUAUUGUGGGUAUAAUAAUUCCUUCAACAAUGGCUCAAACUAUUGUUAUUUGGGUGAUGAAAGGGUUUCUCCUGCUGGUAAUAACGAGCUUUUUAGGGAAAACCAAAGUUUACCAGACAUGAAGAGAAACAAUAAUAAUAAUAACAAUAUUCUGGAAAAUAUGUUGGAGCAACAAGGAAAGCCAAACGAGGUUUUGAAUAAUGAAGGAGAUCACUGUCAUCAAACUAUUGGAGUUGAAGGGAACAACGGAUUUGAUAGUGGUAAUAUCAUAAUGCAAGAAGAUCAUAAUUACAGGUUCUCUAAUCAGGUGUUGGAAAUGCUGAAUCUCUCUGAGAAAGACUUGGAAGAUCUCAAAGACCCCGAACAAAUUCCUCAGGAUUGGACCGAUGACUUCCUUGAAUCUUUACUCAACAAUGGAGGGUAA